AAGAAGAAGAAGAAGCGGAAGCAAAAGGAAACUGGCGCCAGUUUUGUAUCUUCUGCGAGGCGGUUGGGUUUGUGUGUAUGUGGGCAGAGCUGGAGUUGUAGAGCGAUGGCUGAAAACACCUUCCCCAUCCACAAUGUGGACGACAUAGUGAACUUCUACCGCAACGAGGUUCUCAUCGGCCAGGAGGCCAAACACUUCACCAAAGCGGACCUGGUGCCCGUUCCCAAGCCAGAAGCAGUUCAGACUCUGUACAUGAGAGUCCUGUAUCUCCUGUUCCGCUUCAGACCAGAGUGCCACUCCAUGGUUCCCCUUAUGGAGAACAUCCAGUAUCCGGCCUAUCACGAGGGGGCGGCUGCUAUCCUGAGUGUCUACACGCGCAUGAGGCAGUUCCUGCCGAUGUGCAUGGUGUACGACUUUUCUCUGAACGACCUGCUGGCCCCUAAAAAACUGAAGACUGUGUUCAUCCUGAGCGGCAUCAUGAACUUUCUGCACUUCAGGAAGCAGAGGAUGGAGGUCAUGCGGGACAAGGAGGCCAAACUUAGGGCAGACAAGGAGAAGCUGCAGCUUUGCAACAAAGCCAUCCAAGAAGCAGAGAGGAAGAUCGAGCUGCUAACGACCAUCCCACCCGAGCAGCAGGCCGAGGCAGAGGAGCUGGCAGCUGCUCUGGCUGAGGUGCAGGCCACCACGGUGCACGAAUACAAGGAAGUGAAUGCUAGAAACGAGAACAUCGCAGAGCUGAAGACCAGAAUAGCAGAGAAGAUGCAGAAGCUGGCCCAGGUGAAGGUGGAAGUCAGCGAAGUGAAGGAGGACAUCACCAGACUCAAGUCUCAGAUUGUGGAGUCUCCAGAGGAGCUGAAGAGUCAGAUGGAAAAGAUGAAGGAGACGGUCAAGAAGAUCAAGAACUCCAUAAAAGAGACAGACGAGUGUGUGGUGGAGAUCCAGAACAGGGUUCAGAACAUGACCCACAGUGAGGCGGCGCUCCAGAAGGUGUACGGUCUGCUGCAGGACCUGGAGACCAGCAUGGAAAGCACCAAGCAGCGUCACAAAGAGUGCCAGGAGCUGGUGGCUCAAAAUGAGAAGAUGCAAAAGGAACUGAAAAGACUCUGCAACGAGGAGGUUCACCUGAAGCGAGUUCUGGGCAUGAAGCUGGAUAAGGAGUGCAAACAGAACAUCCGCAGACAGAAGAAGAGAGAGAUGAAGGAGCAGCACGUCCAAGAAGUGUUGGGGCAGUGUGACCAAAUCCAGCAGAAACGGGAGGAGAUGGCGGAUAAAAUCCAGGAGAUCACUGGAGAGACCCAGCAGCUGAAGGCCAAGAUCAAGAGCCUGAGAGAGGUCUGCAGCAAAGAGACGGAGAAGGCGCAGGCGGUGUAUGAUGAACUGUCGACGUCGAUGGAUGAGCUGCACAAGAGGAUCGAGCAGCACAUCUCAGACCUGAAAGUCAACGUUACCAAGAUGUCUGCUGACUUCUGAUUUCUCUCUCCUCCUUUUCCAGUCUUCUUACCUGUUAUUUCCACUGUUGUGUUAGAUGUUAUUUCUACAGCUGUAUUGAAAAUGAAUGAAUAAAGAUAUUGGACUUUAGGAAAACA